AAACCUUAAAAUUUACUACUAGCUUCGCACUCACCUCAACCGCAACCCAACACUGUUCUUGUUCUUCAUCUUCUUCUUCUUCUUCUUCCAUGGCAGCAACCUCAACGUCACUGGCUUCUCAACUCUACAUUGGCCUGCGCCGCCCCUGCCCCAAGCUCGAUUCUUUCAAUUCUCCGUCUUUUUCUGCCUUCGACCCUAAUCUUCGCCUCUCCCUCUCUCCUCCCAAACCCUCACGCGCCGUUGUCGCCAUGGCCGGCUCUGGCAAGUUCUUCGUUGGGGGCAACUGGAAGUGUAACGGAACAAAAGAUUCCAUCAGUAAGCUUGUCGCUGACUUGAACAGUGCAAAAUUGGAGCCCGAUGUUGAUGUCGUUGUUGCACCUCCCUUUCUGUACAUCGAUCAAGUGAAAAGCUCACUUACAGACCGGAUUGAAAUAUCUGCCCAGAAUUCUUGGGUUGGUAAAGGUGGUGCUUUCACUGGAGAAAUCAGUGCUGAACAAGUGAAAGAUAUUGGAUGCAAGUGGGUUGUUCUUGGACAUUCUGAGCGAAGACAUAUAAUUGGAGAAAAUGAUGAGUUUAUAGGAAAGAAAGCUGCCUAUGCUUUGAACCAGGGUCUUGGAGUGAUUGCAUGCAUAGGAGAAUUGUUAGAAGAAAGGGAAGCAGGGAGAACUUUUGAUGUUUGCUUUCAACAACUGAAGGCUUAUGCUGAUGCUGUUCCUAGUUGGGACAAUAUUGUUAUUGCAUAUGAACCUGUAUGGGCCAUUGGAACUGGAAAAGUGGCCACUCCCCAGCAGGCUCAGGAAGUACAUGUAGCUCUUCGGGAUUGGCUGAAAAAGAAUGUCUCAGAUGAAGUUGCAUCUAAAACACGAAUUAUUUAUGGAGGGUCUGUAAAUGGAGGGAACAGUGCUGAGCUGGCAAAGCAAGAGGAUAUCGAUGGAUUUCUCGUUGGAGGUGCUUCAUUGAAGGGUCCUGAGUUUGCUACCAUUGUGAAUUCAGUCACAUCCAAGAAAGUUGCGGCUUGAUUACUUAUUGUAGUUUGGGCAAUAUGAGAGGGCAAUUCUCAAAUGUGGCAAUAAAUAAUAUGGGUCUAUUAUAAUAAUAGCACUUUGCUUUUGUCAUCCUGAGUUUUUCCAAAGAGCCAGUAUUUUCUUUCGAUUAGAGAUACAGAGAGGCAAUAAAUUUUAAAUGUUUCUGAAUUAUUGUUGUUUUCUCAUAACGUCACUGUUAAAUCUUGAAUUUUAUUUUCUUUUUAUGGUC